GAGGAGAAGGCAGAGGAGGGGAGGGAGGAGGGGAGCACGGGUCGCCUGUCACACCUUUGCGUCCGCCCCCGCUCUCCAAGCCCCAGGGACAAGGCUCUCAGGCCGGCCGCACCGUGCUGCCUGUCCCCAUAGGGAGCAGCAGGCUCAGACCCUGCACCUCGUGGACCCCGCACCCCACACCCUGCACCCCGCCAACCAGGCACCCCGCUGGCAGCGCCGAGCUCAAGAGCGGCACCGAGGUCUGCCUCUUCUCUUCCAGAUCCAGCCCGUCCGAGAUGACCCUGGUUCUGUCCAUGAACAGAUUCUCGGAACCCAUCGUCUCGGGAGAAGCCUGCUACCAGACUCUGUGGGCCCCGGGGCCCACACAGGUCCCUCUGCAGGGAGACAGGGGAGCCGGGCCCCCGCCCGCAGCAUCGUGCUAUGGGGGCACCUCGAGCCCCGUGGCCGCGCCCAAGCCCAGAUCCUUCAAGAGGAAGCGUGUGGAAGAGGAGGACCUUGGCCCGGCGCCCAGCAGCUGCAGCCAGAAGACCGUCUCGGUGUUCGAGGAGCGAGCCCGCGUGCUCUACAUGUCCCUGGAGAAGCUGCGGCUCAUCGAGGACCCCGAGGUGUACCUGCACAGGUGCGUGCUCAUCAACAACGUGCUGCGCCGUGUGCACGGGGAGAUCCUGGCACAGAGCAGCUGGCGCCUGCCGGCCGCCCACCAGUGGCUCUUGGCCCGGGACUGCCCCUUCCGGAAGCGCCCUCGGCUGGCCGGGGAGGACGGCCCCCGCCCGCCCACCUGCUGCCUCUCCCGGGAGCUCGGGGACCCCCGCCUCGGAGUGACCCUGCCCCUCGGUGCCCCAGCUGCACCCCUGCCCGAACUCGGCUGCCCCCGCCGGGCAGACGCCGUGCCGCUGGGCACAGGCGACGACCAGAUGCCAGCCAGUGACAUUUUUGGCAUCCGGGAGAAGGCCAGGCAUUGCCUUGCCGCCGGGGAUGGCGGUCCCCCGAGCCUCGAGGCUGGGGGUGCUGAGCUGGCCUUCGCGUGCGGAGGCCAGUUCUGCGAUCACUUUGAGACUGGACAUGGUGAGAAGAUGCCCAUGGGCGGGCCUGGAGGAAGUGCCCCUGCGAGACAGAGCUUCCACCACUGCCGCCGCCGGGCCCCAGACUGUGCCGCAGCAGAGACAGGAGAAUGUGAGCCCUCCCAGGUGGACCCCACAGUGUCCAGCGUGGCCAGCCGCCCUGUGUAGCCUGGGCCCGGGCACCAUCCAGCCCAGUGCAGCUGGCCGGCUCUGGACGCCUGGGGACAGAUGGCGUCAGGACUCCGCCGAGCAAACAGCGGGGUGGCCACGUGAAAGCAAGGCUCAGAGCCUUCGGUGGACUUUAGGGGUGACACACUCCUGUGACAUCGCUGUGACCCCGAGGGGUGGCUUUGUGGCGGCCGAGUCUGGUGGAGCAGCCUGGACGUGACAUCCUGUUCUCGGGCAGGGUGGGAGCGGGCGUGGACGCAGCCCUGGCCGGGCCUGGCUUGCCCACGGGACUCGGAAAGAGGGUUGGACAGGGCGAUUCCUGGUGCCUUAUUUUAUCUUGAUUUUUGCCCGAGUGAAAAUUACGGGUGAAUCAGAGUUACAGCAGGGGUUUCACAAACAGGAGAAAAAAACAAACCAACAGCAACACAGGGUGGAUCCAUAUUGUUAAGCAUUAGCUUAGGGCUAUUGUGUUCGGUUCUGAUUCCACGCCACAACUGUUCCUUUGUUUUUCAAUGCCCAGUUGCUUUUGGGUUCGGCAUUUUCAAGAGGGUGGGAAGUGCGAGAGGAGAGCAAGGGGCUGUUCCGAGCGGCCGGCGGCAGCACCAGGCCGGUGUGCGGACAUGAGAUGAUCUGGCUUCGCUUUCUUGUCUGAUGCAGUUCGUGACCCAGUGGCAUGCGUUAUGUUGAUACUCUGACCCGGUUUGCAUCGUUCUGCUUGUGUAGGUGAUAGAAGCAUGUAGUUUUCCCCAGAGGACUUUUGUUGUUCAGAAGCAGUGUUGAGUGUGGUGGCCAACGAAGUCUUGCCUGACAGGAUGUGACGUCUUUCCUUGGGGGAAGGUCUAAUUUGGAGAAAUGGGGUCUAGCUCGCCGGGGCUCUGCCAUGUGUGUGGUGCUCAGUGACAUCUUGAGUUUGCCAGACUCUGGUGUGGCCCCCAAAGCCAAGGUCACUGACGGAUCCCGGGGUGCUUAGACUCUACUUCCCAGGAACCAAAUGACAAGUGGAGAAAGAAGGACGUCCUCUCCGCCUCUCCAAGAUGAAGCUUUUUUAAUCCUUGCACUCAGUAUGAGAUGCUGGUCUCACUCACGCAGCAUAUGGGUCCGACCUCCGCUGGACGGUGUGCACAAGGCCCAGCCGAAGACGCGGCCUUGUGCCGUGCUCAGCACUCAGCAGUCUUUUGUCUUUAUUUUAACAUUUGAUAGACAUUUGCCAUUGGAAACACAGAUGUCUGAUGCUUGCACACGAAUUUGCUGUUCUAAUAAAGUGAGGUUUUCUGGAUAUAUAUUUAUUAAAACGCUCAGCGUUCAUUACGAUUUUCUAACUUCAA